AUGCAGUCCGCAGACAUGGAGAUUGCUCUCUUCUCGUGCCUCCAGGAGAGGACAUCCCUUCUCCAGUUCAUGGUUGACCUGCUCUCUGCCUUGCAGACCCUCUUCUACGACCCCACGCCCUUCACGCGCCUGCGCUUGCGAUCUGCAUCGCCCCCACCAGGUGCGGCAGGGCGGCGGCGGAGCACUUCGCGUGAGCCGACCCACAGGCAUCUGCACAGUGGCUGCUACGCUUGCGCUUCGCAGUGCGAUCUUGCGCCUCUGCCGAGUGCUCAGGCAAUGAAGGACAUCGGCACAACUAUCUCCGGCGGCGACGACUUGCGCGAGCUGUGCACAGCGCUCGAAGCGGAGAUUGCGCAGGCCUCGCAGGCGUUCUCUGCUCAGGUUCAGCGCGUUUUAGCCGAGGCUGAGCAGAGCGCCCGUGCGAUUGGCUCGGCAGCCCCGGGGCAGUCACUGCGGGCUUGCGGCCUUUGGGUGGAGCAGGAGAAGCGACGGAAGGAGAAGCAAGGUCUACCAUCAGAUCGUGCGGUGCCUUCCGUGGAUUGGGCCGAGGAGCGCGCGCAGUACCUGGCCACGACUCGCGCCAUGGAGGCCAAGUUUGCGCAGCUGACAAAGCUGAGAAGGCUGCUGCAGGCCAAGUACACUGCUGCCCGACGAAAGAUCCACGCUGGGCGUUACUGA